AAGAUAUAAUGCAUGUAAUCAUAAUUAAUUAUCACCUCUGAAAUUUUUUGAGCAUAUUAUUUUAAUUAACAAAAGCAGGGGAAAUAUGGUAGUCAAAGUUUAUGGUUCAAUAAGGGCAGCAUGCCCUCAAAGAGUGUUGGCUUGCCUCUUAGAGAAAGGGAUAGAAUUUGAACUUGUGCAUGUUGAUCUUGAUAAAGGAGAACAAAAGCACCCUGAAUUCCUUCUCCUACAGCCAUUUGGUCAAGUCCCAGUAGUAGAGGAUGGUGAUUUCAGACUCUUUGAAUCAAGGGCAAUUGUAAGGUACUAUGCAACAAAAUAUGCAAAUCAAGGUACUGACCUAGUUGGUACAACUUUAGAGGAGAAAGCUUUGGUAGACCAAUGGCUUGAAGUAGAAGCACACAAUUUCAAUGAUUUAUGUUUCAAUAUAAUGUUUCAUCUUAUAAUCUUACCUAGGAUGGGUAAACCUGGAGACAUAGCUUUAGCUCAUAGUUGUGAACAAAAACUAGAGAAGGUGUUUGAUAUUUAUGAACAAAGGCUUUCUAAAAGCACUUAUCUUGCUGGUGAUAAGUUCAGUUUGGCUGAUCUUAGCCACCUUCCUGGAAUUGAACAUCUUAUUGAGGAAGCAAAAUUGGGACAUUUGAUUACUGAGAGAAAGAAUGUGAAUGCUUGGUGGGAGAAAAUUUCAAGUAGGCCAGCUUGGAAGAAAUUGAAGACUUUGGUUAACUAAUUAAGGAGAUAUUGUUCUAUUAUUACCUAAAGAGGAGAUUGAAAAUAAUGGUUUGGUAUGGUUAGAUAUUUUUAUGAUUGGUUAUGAUUAUGCAUGUUAAGAAAACAAUGAUUUUUAAAGAAUAAAUGUUUAGAUGAGUGUUCUUUUUCGUCUCUAA